GUAUCCAUAAUGGCUAAGGUAGUUGGCAUACGCUUAGCUCAAGUUGUCAGUCCCUAGCUCCCCCUUUUUUCUCUUAUCUUGCACCUAUUCCCGAUACUUUCUUUAUUUUUUUUUCUUUGCCGAAGUAGCCUAAACAAGUGCAGUUCUUGAAUCUGCAGCCACUCGUUUCUUGUUCACCACUCUUUUCUCUGCUCAGAGGUUGCUAAAUCCCGGCCUAACUCGCCGUGGACCAACACAUCAUGGACUCAUUCCAAGAUGUUUCGGUCCCUCAGAUCGUCACAAAGGGCCGCCACACUUCAUGGCUUCGCAUGCUGCUCCACGUUGCGGGCUGCUUGCUCUUCACUCCCCUUUAUUGGGCUUUUGCCAUCCACUGUCGUUACCCUGUCACGCUAGAUCUCAUCUUGACUAUCCUCCUCACUGAGCUGAACCGACUUGUCAAUGAAGGCCGAAGGCUUCAGUUCUAUGAAGAGGAUCCAGAACCGAUGAUGCCCCCUCAAGAUGAGAAGUCUGAUGACGGCUUUUUCGAUGAAAAGAAAGUAGGCUUCACGGUCACGGAGACGCAAAUUGUACCGCAGUCGAGGCUGGAUAGUAUGGCCGCAGUGGUGGGAUGGCGUGAAGAUCCUGCUUUGUUUACCAGGGCACUGGAGAGUUACAAAAGUGCUAUGCAUUGCAAGUUUAUGCUUGUUGGCAUUGACGGAGACGACGUGCCUGACCAGGACAUGGUCGACGUCUUUAACAAUGUAUAUCCCACCCAGUCAAAGGUUGUCCAUGUUCCUCAGCCCCUUGGCGAGGUAGCAGAGCAGUUCAUUACCAAGCAUGUUUCCAUCUGCAAGCAAAACGGCCAGCCCAUCAACAUGAGCGAGUGCCAUGAGAUUGCCAUUCGGCACUGCUUCCAGCUUGCCCGAACCAUCCUCGAGCAGGAAAAGAUCGACCUCGCCAAUGUACGCCAUAUAUGCCUCCGCCAACGUCACAUGCACAAGAAGGGUAUCAUGUUCACUACGUUCAUCUUUGCUCUUGUCAUCGCCGACGUCCUGGGCAUCGAGUUCUUGUGGUCGUCCGACUCAGACACUUUGGUAUUCCCCGGCUCUAUCCACAAGACUGUCGAUGCCAUCGCCCACGACCCUACGAUUGGCGGCGCCAGUUCCGGACUCGUCGUUCAUAAUGGAUACGAAACUACUGUGACAAAUCUCGCCGCCACCGUCUACUGGGGCGAGCUGUACCUGACCCGUUCAAUGCCUGCUUUCACUGCCACGAGCGACUGCCAGAGCGGUCCCAGCACUGUAUUCCGUCUCGCCGCAAUGCCCGCAAUCCUGAUCCCCUGGUAUCUCCAGAAGCUGAUGGGGAAACGCAUGAUUAUCAACGAGGACCGACAUCUCACUACUAACCUCCUUCUGCGUGGCUGGGGCGUCGUGUUUGCUUCCGACGUUCUUACUGCUACCGACACUCCUACGACACUGGCUCGCUGGCUGAAGCAGCAAGUCCGGUGGGCGCGCGCCACGCACAUUGAGUCUCUGCUACAACCCAAAGUCUAUCUCAUCACGCACCCUCUGCUCUUUUAUAGCAUGAGCAAGCGCGAGUUUGGCCCCAUCAUCGCCUUCAUUGCCACUAUGUGGUACUUUUUCACCGGCGAGCGACUCAUCAUUGUCUUCAUCUCCGACCUACUUGUGCGUAUCGUGGCUAGCGCCCUAUACAACCUCUUCCGCAACCCGCACCGCUUGGAACGCGCCUCUCUCAAGUGGAUUAUCCCCGGCAUGUUCUUCUACCACCUGCCGCUGCCCGCCGUCCACGUCUGGAGUCUGUUUACCCUAACGGCCGACGGCUGGGGCACGAGCAUGCGCAACAGCAGCGAGAUGGCCAAGAAGGACAGCGUCAGACAGGCGUGGUGGGAGACGGGCUUCUUUGUGGGCUGGAUGGGUGUCGUGGCUGGUUGCGUGGCCAGAUGGGUGGCGACUCACAACGAGAUGCAGGAGAGGGAGAUUUUGGCGGCCAUGGUGGUGAGUUUUGCGGCAGCGGCUGCGGUGGCCUGGAGAUUUACUAUCCAUCAACCGUCAUGAUAGUGAUUACGAUGAAGAAAGAUGUUGAUGACGAAUAUGUUGAUGUUGGAGAGGAGAAUGAGGCUGCGAAAGUGUACAAUUUAUAGAUGAGUGCAUGUGAUGCUACGAUGCAUCCCGGAUGGUGGAUUCAUGGAUAACGGGCAACGGACGCUUCUCACAAGCGCCGGUAAUGACUUUUAUGUAUAUUAAUUAGUAGUAAUAUCUUAGACAUGAUAGAAUAAGCGAUGACAUUUUGUUGAAACCCG